GGGCCGCCGAGCCGGGGCGGGCCGGGCCGCGGGGCAUUUAAACCCGGCGGCGGCGGGCGAGGGCCACGCGCCGGCUCCGCGCCCUCCUGCGGCCGCGCCGUCCUCCCGACCUCCGGCCCUGCCCGGUCGCGGCCGCACGAUGCGCUCCGCCGUGGCGCCCGGCGUCUGGUUCCUGCGCAGCUUCUCCAGGGACAGCUGGUUCCGAGGCUUCAUCCUGCUGCUCACCUUCUUCAUUUAUACCUGUUAUCACAUGUCCAGGAAGCCCAUCAGUGUUGUCAAGAGCCGUCUGCACCAGAACUGCUCGGAGCUGAUCAAGCCCACUAACGACAGCCACAGUAUCAAUGACACUACGUGGUGCGACUGGGCUCCAUUUGACAAGAACAACUACAAGGAGUUACUGGGGGCCGUGGACAAUGCCUUCCUUGUGGCCUAUGCCAUCGGCAUGUUCAUCAGCGGGAUUUUUGGGGAGCGGCUCCCCCUCCGCUACUACCUUUCAGCUGGAAUGCUGCUCAGUGGCCUUUUCACCUCGCUCUUUGGCCUAGGAUAUUUCUGGAACAUCCACAUGCUCUGGUACUUUGUGCUCAUCCAGAUCUGUAAUGGACUUGUCCAGACCACAGGCUGGCCCUCGGUGGUGACCUGCGUUGGCAACUGGUUCGGGAAGGGGAAGCGGGGGCUCAUCAUGGGCAUCUGGAACUCCCACACAUCUGUGGGCAACAUCCUGGGUUCCCUGAUCGCUGGCGUCUGGGUGAAUGAGCAGUGGGGCCUGUCGUUUGUGGUGCCUGGCAUCAUCACCGCUGCCAUGGGCGUCCUCACCUUCCUCUUUCUCAUCGAAUACCCAGAAGACGUGGACUGCACGCCCCCUCAGCACCACACAAGUGGUGGGCUGGAAGAGCAUCAGGACGCCGAGGACCUUGGGAACAGUCCCAAGGAGAGCAGCCUGGAGAACGCCGCCAGGGACUCCAAGGAGCCAAGCGCCCAGCCUGCUGCCAUCAGCUUCCUUGGGGCGCUCCGGAUCCCGGGUGUGGUCGAGUUCUCCUUGUGUCUGCUCUUCGCCAAGCUGGUCAGUUAUACCUUCCUCUACUGGCUGCCCCUCUACAUCUUCAAUGUGGCUCACUUUAGUGCCAAACAGGCUGGGGACCUGUCCACCCUCUUCGAUGUUGGUGGCAUCAUAGGCGGCAUCAUGGCGGGACUCAUCUCCGACUACACCAAUGGCAGGGCCACCACCUGCUGCGUCAUGCUAAUCUUGGCUGCCCCCAUGAUGUUCCUGUAUAACUCCGUGGGCCAGAACGGGAUAACCAACUCCGUAGUAAUGCUGAUCAUCUGUGGGGCCCUAGUCAAUGGCCCUUACGCGCUCAUCACCACCGCCGUCUCUGCUGACCUGGGAACUCACCAGAGCCUGAAGGGCAACGCAAAGGCACUCUCCACUGUCACGGCCAUCAUUGACGGCACUGGGUCCAUAGGUGCGGCUCUGGGGCCUCUGCUGGCUGGGCUGAUCUCCCCCACAGGCUGGAACAAUGUCUUCUACAUGCUCAUCUCUGCCGACAUUCUGGCCUGCCUGCUCCUCUGCCGGUUGGUGUACAAAGAGAUCCUAGCCUGGAAGUCAUUCCUGAGCAGAGACAGAGGUUCUAGUCUGGCCCUAACCCACCCGCGGUAGUAUUUUCCUCAAGUCCCAUGACUUUCGUAUAAAGAAAUAUGAAGCCCUGAUUGAAGGAGAAGCCUGGAGGACCUCAGCCAAUUCCCCAAGUGCUUCCCCGACCCCACUGCCUCACCGGGGAGGGGGGGCAAGACCACGGAAACCACCCCCAAGGACUGUGGGAGCCUCUUGACCUGACACCAGCCAGCCCGGGGAGGGGGACUGCCAACACGAGGACUGCAGGGCUCGUGGCCCAGGACUCUGGAAGCUGUGGGCAGAAGGGAUGGGGAUCAGAGCUUGAGUGGUGUCUCCAGCUUGGUAAGGGGAGGGUAGGCUCAGAUCUUGCUUGUUCAGAUUCCAAGAGGGAAGGCAGAGGCCCGACCUGGCCGAGGCCUGGCAAGGGCGUGUCUCUCCUUCCUGUGUUAAAUCUGAACCUCAGCAAUCGGCCUGUUGUGUAGGGGCGGAUUUCUGACCCUAUUUCAGAGCUGCCCAGCCUCGCUCCCUUCCUUUGUCCACGUGCCGGUUUUCUCAUGUAUUUCCCCACGUUGGAACCCCUUCUCCCCUGCACUGGGUCCUGUUCUUGACUCCUGACCCGAGUCGAUUAAAGUGUUGUUGCUGUA